AUGGCGCCACACAAGUCAUUCGCAAAUUAUCCGCUGCCCAAGGAGUCAACGGACGUGACCUACAAGUAUGAGGAGGACAAGAACCCAGUUCUCCGUGGCCUGCCCUUGGCUAUCGGCUCUUCGGUAAUUUCAAACCUUGGCUUCGUGCAGAAGAUCCUCUGGAAGAAUGCUGGAUUUGGCAACUUCAGGAGCGGUGCUGGUCUGGAGGAUGUGCCAUGGACGAUUCAUCCGAUCGUCAUCCCGCUGGCAGACGAGUCCUCGCCAGCUUCCAUGCUGGAUAUCUCCUCCUCCGCCCUGACCACCCAGCAGCCCGCCGACCGCCCCGGCAGGUUUCACUCGGCCGCCGACUUCACGGCGCGGUACCUCUCCCGCGAGCUGACCCCGCUGCAGGUCGUCGAGGCUCUGCUGCCGCUCGUCCAGCGCGAGCCCACCGAUGGGUCCGCUCCAUCCAAGUACUCGCCGGCCUUUGUCGCCCAUGACGUCGACAGAAUCCUUGCGGCAGCCAAGGCGUCGACCCAGCGGUAUGGCCAGGGCAAGCCGCUCGGCCCGCUAGACGGCGUCCCUAUCGGCGUCAAGUGCGAUACUGACCUCGAGGGGUACGUGUCGACGUUUGGCAUGAAGCCGAACAAGAACUACCCCUUCUUCCGCAAGGUACAGGAGAAGUCGGCGUGGCCGGUGCAGAAGCUACAGGACGCUGGUGCCGUGGUCAUCGGGCAUCAGCUUAUGCACGAGAUUGGAAUGGAUACGACUGGUUGCAAUCCUGAAAUGGGCACACCGAUGAACUGGUAUAACAAGUCGUAUUUCCCUGGCGGCUCGUCCACCGGUGCUGGUUCUUCCAUGGGAGCUGGCCUGGUUCCAAUUUCUGUCGGAACCGACGGCGGCGGUAGCAUUCGAAUUCCCUCUACAUACAACGGCCUAUAUGGUCUCAAACCAUCCCACAAUAGGACAAUGUCCUGCUCCUGCAGCACCGUCGUCGUCGGGCCCCUGGCAGCCACCGUGUCGGACCUCACCAUCGCUUAUCGUGUCAUGUCGCAGCCAGACCCCUCGGAUUCGGUCCAAAACAAAUUUGCCAUCUCCUCGCUGCCAACCCCAGGCGCUGACAAGGUCAUCGGCGUGGCCUGGAACUGGGUCGACAAGGCCGACCCGAUCAUCAUAGAGAACUUCAAGAAGACGGUCGACUACCUUGAGAAACAGGCCGGCUACCGCAUCAUCGACAUCGGCCUCCCCUUGCUGCGCGAAGGCCAGCUCGCCCACGCCGCCACCUGCGUCACCGAGGCCUUCGCCACGGCGCGCAGCCGCACGCCCGACCCGGACGACUGGAAGGCCCUGCUCAACUACCCGAACCGCCUGCUCCUGUCGACGGCCCAGCACACGCCGGCGUCCGAGUACAUGCGCUACGGGCAGAUCAAGACGGUCAUCAUGCAGCACCUCGCGCACCUCUGGCAGGAGCACCCGGGCCUGCUGGUCCUGUCGCCCACGACGCCGGCGGCGGGCUGGAAGGUCCACCCGGGCGACCAGGCGUACGGCCUGUGCGACGGCAACAUGACGGUGCGCAACAUGAUGUUUGUGUGGCUGGCCAACCUGACGGGCUGCCCUGCGCUGUCGGCGCCCAUGGGCUACGCCGAGCCGGAGCAGGGCGUCGGCCGCGUGCCGAUGGGCGUCAUGGCCAUGGGCGAGUGGGGCGCCGAGGAGCAGCUGCUGGGCUGGGCGGGCGACGCGGAGAGGUAUAUCAACGAGGCGUACCCGGGCGGCAGGGUGCGGCCGGAGGAGUGGGUGGAUGUGGUUGGGCUUGCGAAGGAGAAGGCGCAAGGGAACGAAUCGACCAUGGUCUACGAGUGGGAAGCGCACAAGGAGACGUGCUACCGCCUGUACAUCGAGGAGAAGAAGUCUCUUGAAGACAUUAUUGAGUAUAUGAGAGUGCAGCACAAUUUUAAACCAAGUAAACGUGCUUUCCAGACACAGUUUCGCAAAUGGGACUUCCCUCACAAGAAGAAUCCGGCACACAAGAAUGACCAACUCGUGGCACGCGUCCACGAGCUAUGGGGCCGCAGUCUGCCCCAGCGGGAGAUGUUGCGCAUCCUCAACGAGGAGGACGGCUUCGACAUCAAGCCGCGCGAGCUGAUGCGUCUGCGCUCCCGUAACAGAUGGCUCCUCCGCGCGCCGAACCCCGCCUCUACUGUGGUAGCGGGCAGGUCCUCUACGGCCAGUAGCCUCGAUGAUGUUGGGAUUGGCGAUGGUAUGCUAGGAAUGCAGCAGCAGCAGCAGCAGCAACAACUCUAUGCCACAGACGCACAAAUCGCACGCGAGGAGCGUCGCCGCAGGUUGGAGACAGAAUCGGCGGAGCGCUGGGCGAGCAAGAAGCGCCGGCGCAGGACACGCGCGUGGGCGGGGAUGCCGCCGGACCCGGAAGGCCUGCCGCCGCGAUUCCCCUCGGAGACGACGCUGGACGAGAGCAGAGCCGUGCUGGACCUCAAUCGGGAUCAGUACCAGCGCCUGCGGGCCCGGUUCCGCGAGAUCUGCGUCGAGGGCGGGAUCGAGAGGAAGACAGUAGCCGGGCCAAAUCGCUGGGAGCAGGCCAAGGAUCGACUGGUGGCUGAAUCUGCGCACCUGCAGGCCGUGAUGUGGACGGCCGAGGGCGGCGGCGAGGAGGCGAAGAAGCUGGCGCUGGAUGUGCUGUGCACGGACGUCACCAAGAGGAUGCGGGCUGGGGAGCCGCGGAUGACAAUCGCCAAGGCGAAGAACAUACUCGGGGUGAAUCCGGAGGAGGCGAGGGCGGUGAGGGGCGCCCUGUACGAUAUGCUAAGGGAGGAUGGGUUCCUCAGCAGGCUGGAGGACGGAACUGAGCGCUGGGACGACCUGAAGGGGCAGUGGCUCGAGGAGUCGGACAUUCUUCAGGGCAAGCUUGCGGCGUGCGAGGACGAAACGGACGCCGAUCAGAAGAGGAAGGCCAUCAAUGCGAUCGCCAGGGACGUGGUCAAGCGGUUCCGUGACGACCAGACGCGGCGCAACCCGGCCAGGAAGGGCAUGCCUGCCCCAACCCUCAACGCCACUCCGAGGCAAGAUGCCCCAGUGCACAUCGAGAUCACGCCCGCCGACAUGGCCGCGCUGGCCAACACGCCGCUCGACCCGGACGGGAGCUACGUAUCGCAUUUGUCCCCGCUCGCCAUGGUCCCCGGCACGCCGGACUCGCACGCCCACUCCCCAGGCAGCAUCGUGCCCAUGCCCAUGCAAGCCCCUUCACCGCAACAACAGCACCACCACCACCUGCAGGGCCCGUCCCCGCACCUCCACCACCAGCGCCUACUCCCCCCGCAGGCCACCGGCGCCGUCAUCGACCCGCAGACGGGCCUGCCGAUGGACCCUUCGGCCCUGCUCCUGCCGCCGGACGUCGCGACCUCGCCCGCCGCGUACCACCACCACCACCGCCACCACCACCCAGGCAACCCCUUCGCCGCGGCACAGUUCGGCGCGCCCCCGGCGUUUCACCAGCAGCAGAGGCGCGUGAGCACGGCGUCGUCGGCGGUGGGCGCGACGCCCGUGUACCUGCGCCUGCACCCGGACUCGGGCGUGGCGGGCGACCCGGCGAGCCCCUGGAUCGCGAUGCUGGUCCACGUGCCGUCGCUGGACGAGGUGCGGCACGUGGCGGCGGGCAAGUACCCCGGCAGCGUGUGCACGGCCGUCGAGGCCGUGCUCAAGACGCCCCAGGGGACCGGUGGCGGAGGCGGCGGCGGCGGCGGCGGAGGGAUGGCCGAGGUGCCGCUUUUGGUUGGGUCGGAUGUGGAGCUUGAGGCUUACUUGACGAGUCCGCUUCUGGAGGGGAGUGCGCCCAUGUUCAACGUGCGGUUGGAUUAUGAGUACGACUCGGUUGCGUUGGGUUAG